AUAAUCUUUUAUUGAAAGAUCGAAGCAUAACCAGUAACCUCGCCGGCUGAUAUUGACAUUCAGUCCUGAACAUGGGGCUUUAAAUGUCAUUCAAUUAUUAAUUUGGAACUGUUAACAGUGUGCUCCUAAUGUCAAAUUUCAAUUAAUUGGAUUCUAUUGGAUUGAAAGUGGAUUAUCUAUAUUUUUACAAUAUCAGUGACCGAACCCGAAUGUGUCUGUUUUAUAUUCAUCCUGUGACUGACAAGAAGUCGUAGAGUGAUAAUAUUGAAAUAUUACUUGUAGCGACAUCCUUAUAUGAAAGAUUCAAAUAAAAAUAUACGAUGAAGUUCAUCAAGUGUCAAAACCAAUCUGGUUUAAUCUAUGUGGAAUGAAGGGCUGUAGAGUGUAAUAUCUGAAUGUGAAGCUUUAAACUCUCUGUGCCUGGGUGAAUUUGCUACACUUUGAUAAAAUGCGUAGAGGAAUUCGUAGACCAUCCACAGCGAGAGCAGUUUCUAGAAAAUAUGGCACGCUUCCACACAUCUGGAGGCCAAAGACAUCCCUGUAUCGCAGAAAGUGCCAAGAACUCGAGAUGUUAAGCGAAGAGACAAAUGACGAUUGUCUGUACGAAAAUAUCCCGGAUGAAGCAUACGACAGCGAUUCAACGCUUUGUGAUUCUGAGUUUGGAAUACCCAUGCACAGAGAACCAAGUUUGAGAAAAUGUUCAAUUCCUUCAGCUUCCUCGGUGCUAUCUUCCGCUAUAGAAUCUGAGGAAGAUCUCGUAUACGAGGGAUAUACACCACAUGACUCUGAUAUGAAAAGUGAAAUCGAUGGAUUUUCUUUCGAUACAGAAGGCUGUCACUUUGGAGUGGUCCCCAUGAGAUAUGCAACAAAAAGAUUAGAGACUAAAGAACCCGACGAGUGUCAUUGUCUAUCAAACAUGCUACACUUCGAAAGUGAUCCUUUUGGUCCGUGGAAAACAUCGUGUAGUCACAAAAAUAACGGCCAGAAGGAUCAAAGGGACCAUCCUAGUAGUAACGCCAAGCACUGCCAAGCAACCUCUUUGUAUAAGCGUAUUUAUGGCCAUUCGUCCAAAUGUUCUACGAGUUAUCCUUUCUGUCAUUUUGAGAACAGAAGCAAGUAUAUUCAGCAAUACAAAGAACUUUGCUCGUCGGUUGGGACGUUUAAGAAAUCUAUGGCGUUUAACAGACAAAACAAGAUGUCGGUUUCUCUGCCAGAUCCCUACACAAGCAGACUCCGCUCCACGGCUUGCUCCAUUGCCGACAAUUUCGAUAUCUUUGCAAUAUUAGCCAUAAAGAAAGACGCAAGUGAAAAAGAAAUGUUUGAAAACAACGGCGAACUAACUAAGUCAUUGACAGUCGGCGACAGAGGGAAGAACCUUAAUCUGGCACCCGUGCGAGACUCGCCACCGCUGGAGUUUUCUACACAUCAACUUCAGGGGAAGUUGUUCAGCAAAAACUAUAUGCCUUUUAAUCAGUAUCUAAAUCUAGUAAUACCAAAGACAACGCUUCACAGAACUAAUAUUCAGCUGAAUCUCGACAAUCCGAAGGACUGCUGGACGCCAAGGUUUGAGUCUAAAAGAAACCCAACUAAACAAUCCCACAAAAGAUCAGAAAGUGUCGACUCACAGAAACGAUCGCCGAAAACGGGAACAGAAAGUGGCUCCAGGCGAUCAUCCGGGGGGAAUAGAGCCAGUGAGCUUCGACUAGAGCGAGCAACGACUAGUGCCGAGGGAACCCGAGUAAGAAAAGAAUCUGGUUAUCUUAUACCACCGCCACCAACCUUGCCACAGAAUUCAUCCAUUUUAACAAAACGCAAAACACAAAGCCAAAAAACGAAAUGUGUGAAUCAGAUUCGUGCAAUGUUGUCUGACCUUGAUGAUUGCAAAGGGAAGUUAGAUCGCACAUGCAGACGACUCGAAAAUAUAAAAUACAGUUCUGAAACUAAACACGAUCGGGUUAUACCAGCAACCAAGCCAUUCGGAAUUGAGGGCCAAACAUGCAGAACUGAGGAUCAACUAAGUAUCAUUCAUCGUCUUAGAAAAGAAAAAGAGCGAACACUGAGGGUGUCUGCUGUCAACUGAAAGAAUAUGAAUAUAUAUUUUUACAAAAUCAUUUUUUUUUUAAAAAUUCAAAUUGAUGCACAUUAUUUAUUAAUUACAUUUGAUGUUGUAAAUACCACGUUUAUGCUAUUUUAAUUUAUAUGCAUAAAAAAUUGAAACAAU